AACAAUGCCAGCAAUAGUUUUGAAGGAUUAUACUUGGAGACAAACUAAAGAAGCUGUUAUUAUUUCAGUUGAUGUUAAUAACCAUCCAAAUAACGCUGACAUAUUUGCAAUUGAUAAUUACGUAAAGAUAAACUUUACUCCAUUUAUAUUCGAAUUAUUUUUAUCACAUGAUAUUUUGGAAGAAUCUAGUGAGUGUAUUUUGUCAGAAAAACAAGUUGUAUUAACAUUAAAAAAAGGGAUUAUUAACCGUAAAUGGGAUAGUCUUGUUUUGGAUGAUUUAUCAAAGGAAAAAAAAUCGAGAAUUCGAGCUCAAGCUGUACAACGAUUACAGAUGUUGGCAGAACAAAAGAGAAAAAAACUAAGGGAUAAAAAACAAGAGUUACAACGACAAGGUGUUAGAGAACAAAUUGAUAUAGACACUGAAACGUUAAAAAAAAUUGAAAUGAUUCGGGACUCGCACAGAAAAGAAGCAAUGUCUGAGUUUGAAAAUUGGAGAAAAAAUAUUCUCAUUGAAAACAUUUAUCAAUGUCCAGGAACUAUCCAAAAUAAAAAACAAGAAAUAUUUGAUAAAACUAAUUCUUCAAAUGAAAAUUCUAUUGUUAUCACAGAAAUAUGUGAAAAAGAAGAUGAUGAUUUAAAAAAACUUGAAGAAGACAAAAAAAGAGGCGAAAAAAUCAUUCAAAAUUUAAUAAACGGUAAAUUAUUUGGUGAAAGAAAAAAAAUAUUUGAAACGAAUAAUAAAAAUAACCCAAAAACAAGACAAUUUGGUACAAUUAGUAUAAAAUUUUCUGAACGUAUUUUUCCAACACCAGCUAGAGAAAGUCAUCAUCUUGAAGAGCAAGAAUGGCUGGAGAAGCAAGCGGAAGCAAAAAGAACAGUUGGUUUUACAACUGAUGAUUUGAGAUCCGAGGAGCAGGAUCCAUUGUGUUUGAAGGACAAGGGCGAUGAAUUUUUUAAAAUUGGCAAUUAUCUCGCUGCAAUAAGUGCCUAUACACAUGGCAUAAAGUUGAGUGAUAAAAUGUCCCAAUUGUAUGCAAAUAGAUCAGCAGCACAAUAUGCAAUUGGUAAUUUUCAAAGAUGUGCUGAAGACUGUUCAACAGCACUUGAAUUGAUGGUUCCAAAAUGUGAAGGAAAUCGUGAAUCACGUGCACGUUGUCAUGCUCGUCUUGGUGCAGCAUUAUGUAAAUUAUCAGCAUCACAACAUGGAAUAGGAGAAUUUGAAGAAGCUCUUCAAUUAUCACCUAAUAAUUUAACUAUAAAAAAUGAUUUAAAUAGAGCUAAACGUAUUUUAAAUGUUUAAAAUUAUAAUUUUUAUUCAGUUACUUGCUUAAUUAUAAAAUGUAGUUAAAUCCUCCUUAUACAGAAGCGAGACAGUUGCAAUCGAUCGUCAGGGCAUUUGAUUGGGUGUCAAUGAAAUAAAUGAUAAAAUGUUCUCUCUCAAUUAU